AUGCCAAACCGCAGGUUUGCUGAUGGCGAGGUGGUGAUGGGCCGCUGGCCAGGAAGUGUCCUGUAUUAUGAAGUACAAGUGGCUAGUUAUGAUGAUGUUUCUCAUCUCUAUACUGUUAAGUACAAAGAUGGGACUGAACUUGCGUUGAAAGAAAGUGAUAUAAGGUCACAAUCAUCAUUCAAGCACAGGAAGAGCCAGUCCUCUUCAAGUUCGCCCUCCAGAAGGAGUACUAGCAGAUCUCGAUCUAGAUCUCCUGGUCGGCCAGCAAAAGGCAGGCGUCGUUCUUCUUCCCAAAGCAGAGAACGUAAAGAUGACAAAAAGAAAACCAUUCAGGAAACCAGCUUAGCUCUACUGAAACUGAGUGAGAAUAACACCAGAACAUACAAUGGUGAACCUGACAGUACAGAAAGAAAUGACACAUCCUGCAUAAUCUUGGAGCAAAAGUUGAAACCAGACCUGGAAAUAGAGCGUGUGCUUGAACAGUACAGCUUGCGUCCAAGAAAAGAAGAAAAGAAAAAAGAAGAGAUAUAUUCGGAGAAAAAGAUUUUUGAGACAAUAAAAACAGUUGAGAAAGCCUCAAAAACAAAGGAGCUGGAGUUUGGUGGAAGAAUUGGGACCUUCACACUGGUAUUUUUCCUGCCUGCUACUGUGUUCUACUUGCUGUUGAUGUGCAAACAAGAUGAUCCCAGUCUUAUGAACUUCCCUCCUCCUCUCCCAGCACUUGAAAGUCUUUGGGAGGCUAGGGUGUUUGGUGUUUUUCUUCUGUGGUUUUUCCUUCAAGCUCUGUUUUACUUACUGCCAAUUGGAAAGGUUGUAGAAGGUCUGCCUCUUUCAAAUGGAAAGAAACUGCACUACCGGAUAAAUGGGUUUUAUGCUUUUGUUUUGACUGCUGCAGCUAUUGGAACUUUACUGUACUUUCAAUUUGAACUUCAUUAUCUGUAUGAUCACUUCAUGCAGUUUGCAGUGGCAGCUGCAGCUUUUUCUAUGGUGUUGAGCAUUUAUCUGUACAUUCGGUCCCUGAAAGCACCUGAGGAAGAACUAGCACCAGGUGGAAAUUCUGGGUCGUUUGUUUAUGAUUUUUUUACUGGACAUGAAUUAAACCCUCGUAUUGGCAGUUUUGACCUCAAAUACUUCUGUGAGUUGCGUCCAGGAUUAAUUGGCUGGGUUGUUAUAAACUUGGCAAUGCUUUUGGCUGAGAUGAAGAUACACAAUCAAAGUAUGCCAUCUCUGUCGAUGAUACUUGUGAACAGCUUUCAACUUCUUUAUGUGGUGGACGCUCUUUGGAAUGAGGAAGCCAUUUUGACUACAAUGGAUAUUACCCAUGAUGGAUUUGGAUUCAUGCUAGCAUUUGGAGACUUGGUGUGGGUUCCGUUUGUCUACAGUCUGCAGGCCUUCUAUUUAGUUGGUCAUCCUACUGCAAUUUCUUGGCCUGUUGCUGCUGCAAUUACUAUUCUGAACUGUAUUGGAUAUUACAUAUUCCGUAGUGCAAAUUCUCAGAAAAAUAGUUUCCGAAGGAAUCCAGCAGAUCCCAAAUUGGCCUACUUGAAAUUCAUACCCACUGCAACUGGAAAAGGACUUCUUGUGACAGGUUGGUGGGGUUUUGUUCGUCACCCUAAUUAUCUUGGUGACAUCAUCAUGGCUCUAGCAUGGUCCCUACCCUGCGGUUUUAAUCACAUUUUACCAUAUUUCUAUGUGAUAUAUUUCAUCUGCUUGCUUGUUCAUCGAGAAGCUCGUGAUGAACACCAUUGUAAGCAAAAAUAUGGCUUGGCAUGGGAAAGGUAUUGUCAGCGUGUACCAUACCGCAUAUUUCCUUACAUCUACUAG